GGACCGGAGCGCUGCCGUCCCCGCCCGGGCUGCGGGGAGCGCGCCCGUGGGAACCGCGCUGCUUUCCGCUCCGCGAGUGAGCGCAGCGCUCGGGGCUCCGGAUGCCGCCGCUGCAGCCGCCUCCCGCGGACUCCCCCAUCCGGGCGCGGUAACAGACGUGAAAUGAUGAGAUCAAGAAGCUUUUGGUUGUCUCUUGUAUUGCUUGGGGUUUCCCUGCUGCUCACGAGGGGAUGGAUGGCUGAAGACAGGAGCAGAAGGCUGUAUUUGGAUGCGGGGAGAUCGCAUCAAGAGGACUCCAGAAGGUUUGAAGUUACAAGAAGAAAAGUGCUUUAUGGGGAUGAUGGCCUGCAUGCAUCGUGUGAGCAGAAGUACUGUGGCCGGGGCAGUAAGUGUGUGGUGAACAAGGACACCAACCAGCCCGAGUGCAGAUGUGUGGAGGAUUGCAAGUCCAGCUACAUGCCCGUGUGUGGAUCUGAUGGCAAAUUUUAUGAGAAUCAUUGUCAACUGCAUCGAGCCUCCUGCCUGCAGAGGAAGAAAAUCUACAUUAUCCACAGCAAGGAUUGUUUCUUCAAAGGUGACACCUGUACCAUGGCAGACUACAGCCGCCUCAAAAGCAUCCUCCUGGACCUGCAGGCUCAUCGGCAAAGCCUGCCGAGCAUCCCAGCCAAGGACAGAGUAUCCCAGAAGCGCUUUUUAGUUGAAGAUCUGUUUAAGCACUUGGAUGUGAACAGCGAUGGGCACCUCAGCAGCUCCGAACUGGCGCAGCUAAUGAAGGAGGAGGACCUGGAAGAUGAUUUGUUGGAUUGUAGCCUAGAAGACCUUCUCCGGUUUGAUGAUUACAACAGUGAUGGUCACUUAACGCUGCAGGAGCUCUACACAGCCUUCCAGGUGGUCCAGCUGAGCCUGCCAGAGGACCAGAAGGUCAGCGUUACCACCAUCACUGUUGGGCUGAGCACCGUUCUGACGUGCAGCAUCCGUGGGGCGCUGCGGCCUCCCAUCAUCUGGAAGCGCAACGGCGUCAUCCUCAACUUCCUCAACUUGGAGGACAUCAAUGACUUUGGAGAAGACGAUUCCCUCUACAUCACCAAGGUAACAACUAUUCACAUGGGCAAUUACACCUGUCAUGCCUACGGCUAUGAAGAGCUGUAUCAGACCCACAUCCUUCAGGUGAAUGUGCCACCAGUGAUUCGCGUGUACCCGGAAACGCAGGCGCAGGAGCCCGGCGUGUCGGCGAGCCUCAGAUGUCACGCCGAAGGCAUCCCUAAUCCCCGAAUUACCUGGCUAAAGAACGGCAUUGAUAUCAUGCCAAAACUAUCCAAACAACUAAUGCUUCUAGCAAACGGGAGUGAACUUCAUAUCAGUAGCGUGCGAUAUGAAGACACUGGUGCCUACACCUGCAUUGCUAAAAACGAGGUGGGAGUGGACGAGGACAUAUCAUCACUUUUCAUAGAGGAUUCGGCAAGAAAGACCCUUGCAAACAUACUGUGGCGAGAGGAAGGCCUGAGUGUUGGGAAUAUGUUCUAUGUCUUUUCUGAUGAUGGGAUCACAGUCCUUCAGCCAAACGAAUGUGAAAUCCGGAGACACAUCAGGCCCGAAGAGAGGAUUUUCACAAGUUAUGAAGAGAUCUGUCCUAAAGUGGAAGGUGAAGGCACUCAGUCCUGCCUCUGGGCUUCAGCGGUCAAUGUCAGAGACAAGUACAUUUAUGCGACGCAGCCUAAGCUCAGUAGAGUAGUGAUAAUUGAUAUCCAGACUCAGAAAGCCAUACAGUCCUUGGAUGUUGACCCAUUACCAACCAAAUUACAUUAUGACAAGUCCCACGACCAAGUGUGGGUGCUUAGCUGGGGUGACAUGCGGAAAUCCUCACCAACGCUGCAGGUAAUACCAGAGGCAAGCGCAGGGGAGGAGCAGCAUGUUAUCCGCACACCGUUUGAAGGAGUGGAUGAUUUUUUUAUACCACCUACAAAUCUUAUUAUUAAUCACGUUAGGUUUGGUUUCAUCUUUAACAAAUCGAAGUCAGCAGUUCACAAAAUUGACCUGGAAACUGUGACCCACAUCAAGACUAUCAGCUUCAGAAACCAUAGCUGCAUACCACAGGCCAUGGCUUAUACCCACCUGGGUGGUUACUUCUUUGUCCAGUGUAGGAAGAAUAGGUCGAUGGCUGCGUCACCACAGCUCAUCAUUGACAGUGUCACUGAUGCUGUCAUCGGCCCCAACAGCGACGUCUCGGGCACGCCAUACAUCUCACCGGAUGGACGCUAUUUGGUCAGUGCGGAUGAAGACAGUGGCAGGAUCAGAGUCCAGGCUCUAACUGUCCGCGGGGAAAUCACAUUGAUUUAUGACUUACAAACAGACAUACACAUAUCUGAUCUGACAUUUCAACCCUCGUUUACUGAAGGCAACCAGUACUAUAUAUAUGCUACUUCACAUUUGCAAACAGAUGUGCUUUUUGUAGAGCUGUCAACGGGGAAAAUGAAUGUACUGAAGAAUUUGAAGGACCCUAUCACAUCCAAAGACUGGCCCUGGAGCAGCUACAACAGAAUUAUGAAAGACAGUGGAUUAUUUGGACAGUAUCUCAUUACACCAGCUAAAGAGUCAUUGUUUGUUAUAAAUGGGAGGCAAAAUACGUUACGCUGUGAGGUUUCAGGUAUAAGGAGGGGUAACACAGUGGUCUGGGUUGGGGAGGUAUGAAGGGCAAUAGCAGUAGAGCCUUCAGCAGGCAAGUACCGGUUGGACCUUUACACUGCAACAACUGAGCAGUAGCAUUGUAUAUUUUUACACUGGGGGGAAAAAAAUAAGAAAAAAACAAAAAAACCCUG